CGCUGAAGAGUUCAGCUCUCAGCACUUAACUUAUAAACAUCCUAGGCGGAAUAUUGGGACCUGUCACAUAAUUGAGUCUCACUCUCUACUUGUUUUCCUCUUCUUUAAAAAAAAACUUAGUCGUGGCUAGUCCAAAGCCUUCAAAUAACUCCGGAUCUUUAGGUCCUCUGGACUCCCUAAUUGCUUCAAACUGGAUCUGGAAAUGUCUGCAACGCUUUUAUCUGCCUUUUACGAUAUCGAUCUAUUUUGUAAGACCGAGAAAGCGCUGAACAAUCUAAACUUCAGUAGCAUGUUGGAUAAGAAGGCAGUCGGUAGCCCGGUUAGCCCCACCAGCUCCAGCUUUAUCCCAGGAUUCCUCCGCAGACACUCAACCAGCAAUCUGCAAGCGCUGACUGGCAGCUCCUCCAGCAAGUUCCCUUCCUCCAGCAACAACAACGUGUUCAAUGGCCUUAAGGAGAGCAGCACCGCACUGCUUAACAAGGAGAACAAGUUCAGGGACCGCUCCUUCAGCGAGAACGGGGAGCGCAGCCAGCAACUGAUCAACCUGCAACAGAAAUCCGGUGCCCAGAUCAAUUCCACCCGCUACAAGACAGAGCUUUGUCGGCCAUUUGAAGAGAGCGGGGCUUGCAAAUACGGCGAGAAGUGUCAAUUCGCCCAUGGCUUCCACGAGUUACGUAGCCUGACCCGCCACCCCAAGUACAAGACAGAGCUGUGCCGCACCUUUCACACUAUCGGCUUCUGCCCUUACGGUCCUCGCUGCCACUUCAUCCAUAAUGCCGAGGAGCGCAGACAGGCACCUCCCGGGAGCUUGGAGAGCCGGGGCUUGCAGUUUAGCAACCAGCCACGGCCUAAACUACACCACAGCCUCAGUUUCUCAGGCUUCCCCAACCACCACGGCCUGGACUCUCCCACCUCCCGUACACCACCCCCGCCAUCUUCCUAUGGCGACGACCUGCUGCUUCUUUCCCCGCCUGAUUGCGCCAACAACGCCUUCACUUUUUCUGGACAGGAGCUGGGUCUCCUCGCCCCUUUGCAAAUCCCAAGCGCCAAUAAUACCAGCAGCACCGCGGCCUACUUCAGACAGGCGUCUCCUCCACCUCUCACCCUGCAGCCCCUCAGACGCCUUAGUGAGUCCCCAGUGUUCGACGCCCCUCCUAGCCCCCCGGAUUCUCUGUCUGACAGGGAUAGCUACCUUAGCAGCUCUGGCAGCCUGAGUGGUUCAGAUUCCCCUACCCUGGACGCUAACAGACGCCUACCAAUUUUCAGCAGGCUCUCUAUCUCAGAUGACUGAGUGCACAGGAUUUUGCCACCAUUCUACACAGCAGAGACUAACUUUUGAUGUUGGCACUCGUGUUUUUGUUUUACCCCACCCUGUCCAGAGACAUUACUGCCCCAAGCUGGCUGAGUGCACACUUGAGUGGACUUUACACACCCCACUCACCACACAUACAGCUAAGAGCUCUAGUGAUGCUGGCACUCAUUUUCUUUCCUGUUGCUUGUUACCUACCACGUUUUUUUUUUUCUGCAGAGCCAGGGAAAAUGACUGAAAAUCUUUAAAACUGAACAAAAACGAUUUUUUUUUUUUUUCAAAUAGAACAAACUAUUUUUUAUAGGACUGGGGGAUAUAGGGUGGGAAGUCUUUUGUGGGGUGGGGUAAAGUUUUAUGCACCAGCAGCCAUUCCAUCUCCUUGAUACAGUGAAGCAUUAGAACAGCAAACUUAUUUUGUGACCAGUCUCUUGGAGAAUUUUUUUUUUUUUUUAAUUUUGCUCAAAGAGCAUAAUUAAUCCCUAAAUGUCAAUUUAACCCCCUUGGCUACAGCCAGAGUGUUUAAGUGACUUAUUUAAACAUAAGCUUUUAUAGAAACCCAACAUCCUGCCAAGAAUAUGCCUUAACAAGCAACCCUCGUUAAAUGUCUAUAUAUAAUAUUUUUUUUAUUUUCUUGCUUAACAUACUAAAAAAAAAACUUCCAUUCCAAAGUCUAGCAUCGGUUCCAUUGCCACCGCUUAGUGAGCUGUUAGCGUAGAACAAUAUUUGUUUGGAAGCACUCUGUUGCAUUUAGUUUAAUUGUUGAAUAACUGCUGAUUAUUUUUUUUUAUUAUUAUUUUAGCUGUAUGAGUUGCUAGCCUUUCACUGCACCAACUCAAUAUGAAACUAUUUAACUUAUUUAUUAUCUUGUGAAAAGUAUACAUUGGUAAUUUGUUCAUACUGUAUUUAUCGGGUAUGAUUGAAAAGCAAUAGAUAUAUAUUCUUUUAUUAUGUUUAAAUUAUGAUUGCCAUUAUUAAUCUGCAAAAUGUGGAGUGUAUGUUCUUUUCACAGUAAUAUAUGCCUUUUUGUAACUUCACUUUGUUAUUUUAUUGUAAAUGAGUAAAAUCUUAAUUUAAGAGAUUGUAAUAUUUAUUUCGUUAAUUUUUGUUUACGUUAAUAAAUGAUAGAAUGGGUUCUUUUUAGAAAUCCAUCUUAAGUGCUGUGGAAGAAGUUUGAGGAAUUUUUAUGGAUAGUUUAUAUAUAUAUUUUCAUUUUUGUUUUCCCUCAACAUAUUAAAAAAAUCACUAGGCUGCCCAAUAAAGUGAAUUUUUUUUUAAAUUGCAUUUGAGACUCUAGUGGGUCAAUUGUGUUUAAAUCAAACCAAAAAGUAUUUUAAAAUGCCUUAUUCCACCGAAAUCACUGUGACCACCGUAUGUAGCAAUAAUUGGGGUCCCAGUAUUAUAUACAUUUUUUAUUUUUUUUUCUCACAGUGCCUUUGAAGGAUUUCACACUUGCCUUAAGUAAUCUUCCUCAACCAAAAAAAAAAGUAUUUUCUAGUAGUGUGAUAAUUUGAAUGUAGGGGUGGGUUUUAUUGUAAGGUUACCACUCAGUAAAAGGCCAUAUUUAUGAAAAUAAACUUAGUGCAGUACAUGAAACACUUUGUCUACAUUAAAUUCCUUAAAUUUCCCUGACAUGGAAAACCAAGCAUUUUUUUUUUUUUAAAUUUACCUUUUAUGGUGAAUGAUUAAAAGUAGUAAAAUUUGUUUGUAUAUAGUAGGUACAGAUUGAGCACUGUGUACUCUUUUUGGACUACUUUAACAGACUUUUCCUGAAUGUAACUAAAAGAUGAGUUGACUAGAAUAUAUAAAAGAUGAUAUAUAUAUUUUAGUUGGGUCACUAAGAAUUGUGAGACUGUAAAAUUUGUACUGUAAAUGUUUUGUAGUUCUCCCAAUAAAUUUCUUUUUGAAAUAAA